AUGUCGUCCAAUAAAAACCAAGAGGAUAGUAUCAGAAAGGAGGGAUUCGGUGCGGUAGACUACAUCAGAAUUCUCGGAGGAAUUUUGUUGCUGAACGCAAUACUAUCCAACUGGUUCACAGGGUCAUCCACUUGGGGAUACAGUGGGAAGUGGCUCAAUCCACAGUUUCUUGGACACCAGGUGAGCAAAACUAACAUGGUGCUGACUGAUCAUGAGCUCAAAUUGUUUAACGGACAGGUCACCGGUUUUCCUAUUUAUAUCGCCGUCAACGGCACGAUAUAUGAUGUUACGGCUUCGAAGGAGAUUUAUGGGCCCGGUGGACCAUAUGCGAAAUUCGCAGGAAAAGACGCCACCCGGGUUCUUGUGACUGGAUGUUUGAACAAGGAUGACGAAUACACCUAUGAUUUACGAGGACUUGAUCAGGACGACGUGGAGGAGGCAAUCCAGUCCUGGACCUCGUUUUACGAGUCACACAAGAAGUACUGGAAAGUUGGCGAAGUCACUCACAUUCCUGUGUCGGGAGAUCCUCCUGCACCAUGUCUGGACGGAUCAAAGUAUCCUGGAGGAAUCAAAACAUGA